ACCCAGGCUGGCCUCAAAUUUUCAGUCUUCCCGCCUCAGCCUCCCAGAGUGCUGGGAUUGUAGGCCUGCAUCACCACGCCUGGCUUCAAACUUCAUUUACAAUGAAAAAUGCUGGUAUUCCUUUAAAAAUGAAGUUUCACCCUUGCCAAGCUCGCAGAGCACAGAAGCUGGACUCUUCUUGCGGGAGGACAGGCGCAGGCUGAGCAGAGGGGUUCCAGCUCCCCGAAGCAUUGCUGGCCGCAGGCACUAAGGAGUGAAGAUGACAAGUCAAGAGAAAAGCCAGAAGCCAGCGAGGCUCCCGGGCGGGCGGCGCCGGACGAGGAGCAGGCCGGCCGGCUGGCCAGAACCCGGAUUGGAUCUUCUCUUUGCUGAGCCUGCAGGGUGGCAGAACCAGCCGCAUCUUCCUGGCAGCUCUGUGGAACCGGUUGUCUGGUGCCCUGUUCUCCCCCUCAGCCAGAGCGAGGGGCUGCGAAGCUCUGGGCUCCGACCCGACCCACAGCCCGGGCGGGUAGGAACCCUCCCAGCACUUGUGCUCGGCCAGGAGACAGUGGGCAGCUGGCAGAGGGUGCUGGGGUUCACUACAGAACCCAAGCGUGGGCACGGAAAAGGGACCAGAGAGAUGGUUUUCCUGUGGCUGCCGAUCUUAGCAGCAUGCUGAGAUAAUUAAGAGGUGAUGUUGUGGCCAUGCGGCUUUGGGGAAGGGGAAGGGGGACAUUCUGGAGUGAGAGGGGUCUCCCGUAACUGUCACCCCCAGAAGGGGCUCCGGAACCCUGCCGCCCCUCCCCCACAGGCUCCCAGGAAGGCAGUUGGGUGGCAGUUGGGCAGUGGAAGGCGCAGACUGCAGGCCCCAGCGUGGCACAGAGAACUUUCUGGUAGCAGUGUUGGCGCACCAUGAACUGGCCUGUCUACGAGGGGCCCCAGUUCUUCCACCCCGGAGGCGCCCAGCUAGAGGCCGGCUGCCCGCUGGGCAGGAGCAUCUCCGAAUGGUACCACUACUACGGCAUCGCGGUGAAGGAGAGCUCCCAGUACUACGACGUGAUGUACUCCAAGAAGGGGGCCGCCUGGGUGAGCGAGGGCGGCAAGAAGGAGGUGAGCAAGCAGGCCGUGGCCUACUCGCCGAGGUCCAAGCUCGGGACGCUGCUGCCGGAGUUCCCGAACGUCAAGGACCUGAAUCUGCCGGCCAGCCUGCCCGAGGAGAAGGUCUCUACCUUCAUCAUGAUGUACAGGACACACUGUCAGAGGAUCCUGGACACCGUGAUAAGAGCCAACUUCGAUGAGGUGCAGAGCUUCCUCCUGCACUUCUGGCAGGGCAUGCCGCCCCACAUGCUGCCCGUGCUGGGCUCCUCCACGGUGGUGAACAUCGUCGGUGUGUGCGACUCCAUCCUCUACAAGGCCAUCUCCGGGGUGCUCAUGCCCACCGUGCUGCAGGCGCUACCGGACAGCUUAACGCAGGUGAUUCGCAAGUUUGCCAAGCAGCUGGACGAGUGGCUGAAAGUGGCUCUCCACGACCUCCCGGAAAAUUUGCGAAACAUCAAGUUUGAAUUGUCCAGAAGGUUUUCCCAAAUCCUGAGACGGCAGACAUCACUCAACCAUCUUUGCCAGGCGUCCCGGACGGUGAUCCACAGCGCGGACAUCACCUUCCAGAUGCUGGAGGACUGGCGCAACGUGGACCUGAACAGCAUCACCAAGCAGACCCUGUACACCAUGGAGGACUCCCGCGAGGAGCACCGCAAGCUCAUCGUCCAGCUGUACCAGGAGUUCGACCACCUCCUGGAGGAGCAGUCGCCCAUCGAGUCCUACAUCGAGUGGCUGGACACCAUGGUGGAUCGGUGCGUGGUGAAGGUGGCCGCCCAGACACAAGGGGCGCUGAAGAAGGUGGCCCAGCAGUUCCUCCUGAUGUGGUCCUGCUUUGGCACCAGGGUGAUCCGGGACAUGACCUUGCACAGCGCCCCCAGCUUCGGCUCUUUCCACCUCAUCCACCUGAUGUUUGACGACUACGUGCUGUACCUGCUGGAGUCCCUGCACUGCCAGGAGCGGGCCAGCGAGCUCAUGCGCGCCAUGAAGGGCCAGGCCGGCAGCGAAGCUGGAGAAGAGAUCACCUUGACAGAGGCCGCCCCACCAACCCCCUCCCCAGUGCCAUCGUUUUCUCCCACAAAAUCUGCCACUUCCGUGGAGGUGCCACCUCCCUCGUCGCCUGUCAGCAACCCGUCCCCCGAGUACACCGGCCUCAGCACUGCAGGUGGGAUGCAGUCCUACACGUGGUCUCUGACGUACACAGUGACGACGGCCGCUGGGUCCCCGGCGGAGAACUCCCAGCAGCUGCCCUGCAUGCGGAGCACACAUGUGCCUCCUUCCUCCGUGGCGCACCGGAUACCGGCUUACCCCCGCCAAGAGGAGCAUGGGUACACGGGAAGCUAUAACUACGGGAGCUAUGGCAACCAGCAUCCUCACCCCAUGCAGAGCCAGUACCCGGCCCUGCCGCAUGACACGGCCAUUUCCGGGCCGCUGCACUACUCCCCGUACCACAGGAGCUCUGCCCAGUACCCUUUCAACAGCCCUGCUUCCCGGAUGGAGCCCUGCCUGAUGAGCGGUGCCCCCAGGCUGCACCCCACCGCAGUCACUCCCCGCUGGCCGGAGGUGCCCACGGCCAACGCCUGUUACACCAGCCCGGCUGUGCACUCCACGAGGUACGGGAACGCGAGCGACGUGUACACACCUCUGAGCGCGCGCAGGAAUUCCGAGUACGAGCACAUGCAACACUUCCCCGGCUUUGCUUACAUCAACGGAGAGGCCUCCACGGGGUGGGCCAAGUGACUGCUGCCGUAGGAAUCCGUAUUUAAUAAUAAUAUAAUAAUAAUAAUAAUAAUAAUAAGCCCAAUACCCGCCCUCCAGAAGACUUGAUCCGUCCUGUCGGUGGGCUGUUCCCAGGCACCCACUGUCCUCAUGAACCCGAAGAUAUCCAGUAUGAGAGGAAUAAACGUUAGUUCAGAAACAGGUCUCACUAAAAGUCACUGGGACUGGGUUCCUCGACUGGGCAGGCGGCUGUGCCUCCCACUGUGCCCCCCAUUCUGCCUUGUGUGGGCGACCCCUCCCGUAGGCUACUCACUCUCCUGUUGACACUGCGAAGCCCGUUAUUCUGGAAGGAUGGACCCCAGAAUCCAAGUGUGGGUUGUACUCUCACACGGGCAAAUGUCAUUGGUCAAGAACAGUUGCCUCCCUCCUGGUGGCAUCGUCCAGGUGACUCCGGGACGUGUUGGGGGCUCGAGGUUGGUUCCCCGUGCUGCUCACUUGUGCCCGCCAAGCACCUGCCUGGCCCGGGCACAGAAGCACUGUUGAGCGGAGGAAGAGGCCCGUUCUGUUGCCUUAAGUGGACUGAGGUCCGUAGGGGACAGGUUCCUCUGCGUACAAGGCUUUGUCCUGAAUUUGCACAUUGGUUAGUGUCAGCAAGAGGCAGGAGAGGGUGUGGAAGUCCUGUGAGAAUGUGGUUUACGGCCGUGAGUGUCACCCUCAGCUCUGCUGUUAACAUUCUGAAGCUGUUUGGACCAAACUUUAACUUAGCAAGCACCAAGUGUGAAAACGACUUUCCUAGUUUCUUUGUAAGACUAUAAUAAUUUCCGACACUUUGAUAGAAAGAGAUUCAAAGCUGUGCCUUUGAGCCUAUGCUAUACUAUGUAUGUGUGGAAAUAAAAAAAAUGUAUUGUACUUUUGGGGAAAAAAUUUUUUUUCGUAGGCAUUUUUCUGUCAGAUUUGUAGUAAUUUGUGAGGUUUGUUAGAGAUUAACAUAGGCUUUCUUUCUGUAUUAUAAAAUGCACCAAGCAAUUAUGGUGGACCUAUUACCCUAUGGGUAAGAAAUAAAUGGAAAUAGGACAUCGGAUAUUUUAGCAAUUGUUCUGUAAAUAAAAUCGUUGAUCACACCUCUCAGUGUGAUAAUCAUGUCUACAGCUAAAAUGGAAAUAAGUUUUAUCUGUACAGUUGUGCAAGAUACGAAUGGUUUCACACUCAAAUAAAAACAUUGACGUGA